UUUCUGCGGAGCGAUGGUGGGAGAUUGAUUAUAGUCUCCGGGAUUUACCGUGGAAAAAGCCAGAGAAAGAGCUGCUCUCCUAUCAGUAAAAGGAACGUAUUCCAGAUUGACUUCGCACUCACCUCUCAGACCCUCUUUAAGUCUUUUUAUUCUGGAUAACCAAAAUACGCACAAGUCACGCCGGACUUUAUCUUUUGUUAUUCCAAGGAGGCUGUUUGUGUGUGUUUGUGUGUAUGUGUGUGUGUGUGGCGGGGGGUCGCCUCCGCAGUCUCGGAUGCGUAGUAAGCGGGGGAGUGGGUUGGGUCGCCUUGGAGCCAGGCACACGUCGUCAGCGAUGAAAAGCGUAUAGGUGAAGGUGAAGGCGAGGGGAAGACGCGUCACCAGAAGCUUGUGUGUUGUUGGGGGGAGAAAGUCGCACACCGGACUCGCCGGCUCAGGAUUAUAGACUCUACGGUUAAGGCAACCCCCAGCAGGUUCUUCAGGGAUCCGUACACCUUUCUUCAUCUCUAAUCCAGGACUAGCUGUACUGCCUAUAUUGGUGGUGAUUCCACGGAGCAACACAUACAAUGGCAACCGGUGCGCUCCUGCUUGCCUGUGCGCUGCUUGCAGGUGUUGCAGUUGCUCAGAGGGUUGUGACAGUCCAGAAUGGACCCCUGGUUCGCACUGAAGGCUCCCAUGUGACCAUCUGGUGCAACGUGACUGGCUACAAAGAUGGUGUGAAACAGGACUUUGACUGGUCCAUGUACCUACCAUCAGUACCAGACCGGGAGAUUCGGAUCGUAAGCACGGCUCAGUCAGACUAUGCUUAUGCUGUGUAUGCCCAGAGAGUGAAUAGUAAAGAGAUCUUUGUGGAGAGGCUGAGUGAUGACUCAGCUGUGCUUCACAUCACCAAAGUACUGGCCAGGGACCAAGGUGUGUUUGAAUGUUACACCCCCAACACGGACGGGCGGUACCUGGGAUCCUAUAGUGCUCGCACCAACCUCACUGUAAUCCCUGACUCAUUGACAGUAACAGCUCCUCCCCAGACUCUGUCCAAAGUGGAAGGUGACACAUUACAGCUCAACUGUGAGGUGUCGCGGACCACCAUGCAGCACACCCACUUGUCGGUCGGUUGGUACCUCAGAUCCCCUGAGGAUGCAGCCGCUGCACCUCAGGAGCUGGUCACUCUCUCGAGGGACUUUGUCCUGCGCUCUGGAGGUCUUUAUCGGCAAAGGAUGGCUGCGGGGGAUCUCAGGUUGGAUAAAACCAGCGCCACAUCCUACAGAUUGACCAUUCACAAGCUCCAGCCAGUAGACCAAGGCCUGCUCUACUGUCAGGCAGUCGAGUGGAUCCAGGAUCCAGACGGAAGCUGGUUCGCGAUGACCCGCAAGCAGAGUGAAAAAACACAACUCCGCAUACAGCCGACUGAUCGAGACUUCAGCAUCCAGGUGAGCACGGAGCGGCGGUCCUUCAUGGCCGGUGAGCCGCUGGAGCUUCGCUGUGCCAUAGAGGCGCAGAACGUCCCCGAACGUUUCUUCUCGGUGUCGUGGGUCUUCAGCAGCUCACCGGUGGCCGUGGUGGGCCCCAGUGCCGUGCCGAUCCUGGGCCCUGAUUACGUUGCCCGUGAGGCAGCAGGACUUAUGACCGUGCGUAAAGAGAGUUCCAAUGUCCACCUGCUCAAGCUGCAGCGCCUGCGUCCUGAAGACACCGGGAAGUACAUCUGUCGCGUUACAGAGCGGGAAAAGACACCGACGGGGGACUUUAUCGACCGCAGCAAGAGGUCACGCAAUGUCCAGAUCACAGUUCAGCCACUCAAGAGCAACAUCACAGUGUCACUAUCCGCUAACUCCUCUGAGGUCCUAGAGGGUGACCGGAUCCAGUUGACCUGCUCAGUCCACUCCGCUACAGGCCCACUGUCUAUUGUCUGGCAGUGGACAGACAAGCAGUCGGUCGGACCGAUCCAGGAAGUAGCCUCUCUAAAUCGGGACGGUACUGUUGUUCAUGGGCCCAGCUACAGAGAGCGCUCCGUUUAUGGAGAAAUUCGUGUUGAGCGCGUGCGCGCUGAUAUUUUCUCCCUGUCCCUCUACAAUGCUUUGCCUGGAGAUGAGGGUCAGUACCACUGCACAGCUACCCAGUGGAUUCAGGCUGGCACUGAAACUGAGCCCAACUGGGAGAAGAUUGGAGAGCAAUCAGCCACCAAAACAAUCACAGUCAAGACUGUUGAGUCUUCCUUCAUGGUGUCAGCCUCAUCACGAACACCAUCGAUCACCUUCGGAGAUUCCUUUGACCUCCUGUGUCUCGUCAAGCCUCGCCACAACCCCAGAGUCCCAACAUCGGUCACCUGGCGUUUCAUGCCGGCCGGCGCUCGAGCUGAAGUUGAGGAUCAGGGAGAGUUCAAGGAUCUGGUGACGUUCACCCGUGAAGGCACCCUGCAGUGGGGAGAACAGCUUCUUGGGUUGGGCACCCGCACCACUGUGGACCGCUCACACUCCAACACCAACUUCCGUUUGUCCGUGACCCGGGCGGGGCGCCGCGAGGCGGGAAAGUAUCAAUGUACCGCUAUCUUGUGGAGGAGGAACUACGACAACAGCUGGAGCAGGGUAGCCAACCGCACCUCCAACCUGCUUGGCAUCAGCGUCCUGCAGCCAGAGAGUAAACUAAAGGUACAAAAGAACAACCAGUCUCUGGUAUACCAGGAGGACAGCCGGGUCAGGAUCAAUUGCUCUAUCACCUCCCAGACCAGUCAGGACUCCCAGCAUGCCGUUCUGUGGUACAUAAGACGGGCGUCGGGGUCAGAAACUGAUGAGCUCCUGCUGAGAAUUGAGCGCACGGGGGCCUUUGUGUAUGGGGCGUAUGCAGAUGAGGAGAGACUGAGGAGGCGUGUUCAGGCCGAGAGGCUCUCACCUCGUCUCUAUGCACUGACGCUAAACAGGGCAGAGAGCAGUGAUUCUGGGACGUAUUAUUGCUUGGUGGAGGAAUGGCUGAGCGACCCAGAUGGAGCAUGGUAUCGACUCUCGCGAGAUACCUCGGGGCACACCAAUGUUCAAGUCAAACAACCAGAGCCUCAACUCCGUGUUGAUGAGCUAGAGAACAACGUGACAGUGGAAGAGUCCAGUUCAAUUAGACUGGGCUGCAAUGUUUUCAGCCAGUCAUCUCCCGACUCGCGCUUUUCUGUUUUCUGGUACAUGGAGCGUUCUGAUGAUGAGGACAUCGAGGACCAGCCAGGUGAGGAUGAAGAUAAGCGCGACUGUGUGUUUUCCAUCGGCCAUGACGCCAUCUUUGGAAACGGAAACUGCAGCCCCCCUGACGACAAUGGGCCAAACACCCGCUUUCAGUUUGAGAGGACUACAUCUGACCAGUACAGUCUGACCAUUCACGGAGCCCGGCCAGCAGAUGCUGGUCGUUACUAUUGCCAUGUGGAGGAGUGGCUCCUCAACCCUCGCAAUGAAUGGUAUCGCCUGGCCACUAAUAAUUCUGGCGUCACCAUUGUCAAUGUACUGCAACAAGUGUCCACCAUCCAUUCUGUGGUGUGCUCCAACGAGUCCCUCUUCUAUUUCCUCUUCUUCUACCCUUUCCCUAUCUUCGGCAUCCUCCUCAUCGCCUUGCUGGUCGUGCGCUACAAGGGUCGCAACAACAACAAGAGCCAGGAGGGCAAGAAUGGUGCCCCCCUGCUGUGGAUUAAGGAGCCUCACCUUAGUUACUCCCCCACCUGUCUGGACCCCCCAGCGCUUAGCUUGCACCCCGGCUCGGUUGACUAAGCGAGGGAGAGUCUGACCCCCGUCCUUUUUCCCUGCCUCACGCACAUCGUGGACUCAAUCGACACAAUGCCAGGGAGCCUUAGUGGACUCCACCUUCAGACCUUACUGUUGUUCAAUGCCGUGUUGAAUUAGUCAAUGAGUUUAAAGAUUUCUAAACUGGCGGCUGUUUGUUUUUAUGUUGACGACUGUGUGUUUGUGUGUGUGGGCGUGCUGACAAUGGAUGUACCAUUUCAGCACUAUUAAAUGGGCGAGGGCAAACCGAAGGGCAAUAGAGUACCAUGAACCUCGCCCUGUUUCUGUUAAGCCUAAUGCCAUAGUUGUUUUGAUUUGUAUUACAAUACAUAUUUAUCUAUUUUUCAGAGGAGAGUGGGGAAAAAACUGUGCAGAUAAGAUCGCUGGCCAGUCUGGGAGGAACAUUUAAGAGAGUGAACUCUGCAGGCGACUCCAGCAUUAAACGGGAUGCCAAAAAAGUAUUCAAACUGAUCCAAGUGCAGCCACAGCCUAGCCUACUAUGCUGGUUCCCAUAGCAAUGCUCUGCACCCACUGACUUCGUAGCUACCGGCUCCGUUGCCAGGCUGCAUGAGACAAAGGCUAGGACACACAAGUCUGUGUCCUGAAUGAGGAUGUGUGUUGGCCCACCUGCCUUCACAAUGGAUUCGCUUGGCAGACUGAAACAAGUCCUGGUGAGCCACCUAAACACUGCCAGACACUCUGGCCCGAGUGAAAGACUGCCCUGCUCGUCUUCUCCAACCUCCUCUCUGAAAAACGGACAGCGAGGGAAAGUAAAGGAGGUUGAAAAUUAUGGGUUAAUAAAUAAAAAGGUCUCUUUCACUGAGGAUGUAUGUACUUAAACAUAAGUGAUUUUCAUUUUUUUCUUUCAGUGCCAAGUGCUCCUCAUUACCAUUCUGUCAUGUGCAGCUGAUGUUUGAAGUUUUUAAAGACACUGGGGAUGCUGAGGCAGGCGAUUAAUAUGUCUGCAUAUGUCCCGCUGUGGAUUUAUAGGCCUUGUUGGCAGUUAGAUUUUAAAUAAGUUGAACUUUUUUGAUUAAAUUAAGCAAGUCACUGAAUGAAAUUCAAUGUUUGCACAUUUUCUUUAUUUGCCCAGUCUCACCACUCCAUUUAGUUUUAAACAUGAAGGCCACAAUGAAGAUUAUUAUGUGUAGAAGUGUCAUAAAACACGAAAAACCUUCACAUGAUUUGAUGAGGACAAAUCUUUGAUUUGUUUAUUUUAAAAUAUUUUCUAUUUAUUGUUUUAUACGUUUUUUGCAUUGCUUUGUAAGAUUUUGUCUUUUUUGCCUCUUUUUAUUUCUUCAAAAGUUGUGCAUUAAGCACGUUCUAUCAAUAGCCUGUGUGUUGAAACUGUGGUAGAAGUAGAAAUGCUAGACCUGUCCUGCGCAUUGCAGUUUGUAGCAUUUCAUUACAAGCAGUCGGGUUUGUUCAGUGUCAGAACACUGUAUAUCUAAUACAUAUAAGAAUAUGCUGUGGCUUUAAGUGUACAAUAGUUGAACAGACAAGUCACAAAAAAUGAUUCACUUAUAUGCUUUUUCUGCUUGUUUAUUUAGUGAAAUGUGAUGUAACAUCUGCGUAGGAAGUUUCAACUGAAACGUGAGAUGUUUUCUUUUUUUUUAUCAUGGAAGCUGGCUCCCCAAUAACCAGUAAGGCAGACCGGCUGAAAAAGCUGUGCCACGUUCUCAGCCUGGAGAGGGGAAACCCUCUGCGUAACCCAUGCACUGCCAGACUGGACAUGGGAAAUCUUGAAAAAAUCUGUCUCAGUUGUGUCAACAUGUAUAUUGCAUGACAAUAUUACAGGGGGGGAUUUUGGUGUUUUGUAAAGCUUUGAACAUUUUGAACCUUGUGUUUUUGUGAUGGGCUGACAAAAUUCCCUUCUCUCUCCAUCCUCCCGAACUUCCUGAGCCAAGAGUCAGCGCAGUGUCCGACCCCACCCCCCCCAUCUUCAAUAUUUGACUGCCAGUCCAAGAUGCCUCUCGGACCUGUUUAAAUAGUUCAUUUUAAGAAUGGGUGUUGUGGAGAUUGUGUUUGAUAUUAUUGCUCAUAAGUGUCUUUUUAAUGCUUUGCUUUUAUGCAGCACUUCAUUAAACAGAUUUAUGUCAAUAAAAGCUAAAAUGUGUUCCUACAACUGACGCAAGACACCAAGUUAUACGAUUUUAGCUUUUUGGAAAAUAUGUUAGCUUGAGUGAAGCAUGUACUGUUUAGCCACAGGACUUUGAAAUGUGAUGCAUUUGUAUUAGUAAAAAGUAAUUUAAAGUAAUACAGUGUCUCACACCACAACCACAAAGAAUUUAGUGUAUUUCAUUGCAUUUUAUGGGAUAGACCAACACAACGUAGUGCAUAGUUGUGAAGUGGAUUAAAAUUGAUACAUGUUUUUUAACAUUCUUUUAACAAUUAAAACUGAUAGAUUCAUUGGUAGCUAGCCUGCUUUACUCUGAUUCCGCUAAGUAUAAUCCAGUUUAACCAAUUUCCUUCAAAAGUUGUCUAAUUAGUACUUAGUCAACUAUGUGUAUUAAAAUUUCUGCAUAACUUCAA